CCGGUCCUGAAUAUUUUCAAAGUGACGUUCACCGUUAACCAGCCGCGCGUAUUUCUGAAAUAGAAGUGGGUUCAUCGUCCAAUUUUAAACCUGGUUAAAAAUCGUUAUGUUAUUAUAAUUUAUUCCAAAAUUGCGAUGGCAUACACUUGGGAUAACAGAGUCAGUUUUGUAAUUAAAUAUUUGUAUGAUGUUGACAACAAUGGAUAUUUGGACGAAAGAGACUUCGCCUGUUUGGCACUCAGAGCUACAAUUGUAGAAGGAAAAGGAGAAUUCAGCUAUUCAAGACUUCAGGAAUACCAACACAUAAUGAUGAGUCUCUGGGAAGAAAUAGCAGAAUUGGCGGAUUUCAAUAAGGAUGGAAAAAUAUCCAUUGAUGAAUUCAAACAGGCUGUCCAACAAUGUUGUGUAGGAAGAAGAUAUGAGGAAUUCCCACAAUCCAUGAAAAUGUUUAUUGACACCAAUUUCAAAAUGGUUGAUCUCAAUGACGAUGGUGUUAUUGAAGCGGACGAAUUCAGAUUUAAUUGUAUUAUGAAGUUUGCAAUUGAUGACAUAGAAACUGUUGAUGAUGCAUUCGACCGACUUCUCAAUGAUGAUGAUCGAAGAAGAGGAGGAUUAACAUUAUCACGUUAUCAAGAACUAUACGCCCAAUUUCUGGGGAAUCCAGAUGAGAAUUGUCCUGCAAUUUACCUCUUUGGGCCUUUACCAGAGUUCUCUUUACAGUAGUAGUUGAAUUCUAUAAUUGAAUUGAGUAUAUGUAUGUGUAAAUAUUGUUUUAAUAAAUUUAAUUAUAAAAAAACUGGCAUU